GUGCCGUUGGCGGCGGAGCCGCCCACGGCGGAGCCGCGCACCACGGCGGAGCUGCCCACGGUGGUGGCGGUGUCAUGGGCGGCGGUGGCGGUGGCGGUGGUGCCAAGACGGUGGCCGCCGGCCCUGAUGGCUGCAUGGCCGUUUGCUUCGAAGGUGACCCGCACUCCGUGCACGAAAGCGCACAGUAUAGGUACGUCGGAGAGAGCCGCGGUGCCUAUGCCCAGGCCUCCCAGAUCCAGUACGUUGGUGCUGGCAAAGGCAACCUCGAGGAGGUGCGGAUGAGCAGCGGUGGAUGGAGGUGCAGGGCAGGAUGCGUGGCCCUUCUCUGUCUGGUGCUGCUUUUGGGCGUGGGCUUGCUGCUGUGGCGGCUUUUCUUUUGGCUUCCGAACCCAGGGGCCGAUGAGAUGCCUCCUGCCCCCAGCUACGAUCAGUUCGACUGCUACACGGGGUACCAUGACUGGUCCAACUUGUGGGGUGACCUGCACCAGAAGUACUGCUGCACACACUACGGCAGGGCGUGCCCCCUCCACGAUGUCCCGCCCAAGGUGAUUUACCAUCACGUGCCAGUGUACAUGCAGCCCCACACCAGCGUCGUCCCGGUGCCCGUCCCCGCACCCGCCCACACGCACGUGGUCUACCAGACCCACUACGUGCAACCACAUGUGCACCACUUCAAGUACAACUGCCAUGCCGGGUUUUCGAACUGGUACUUUGGCUGGUCGCACCACAAGAAGGCCUGGUGCUGUAGCCACGCAG